AUGUUCGAGGAGAAACUCGUCAUCGGCAUCGCGUCGACCUGCUCGACGCUGGCCAUCGUGGCUUGCUUGAUUGUUGUACCAUCUCUGUACAACACAAUCAACGAGAUCCAUGACGAGGUCCUCGACGGUGUCGCCGUUUUCCGCGUCGAGACCGACUCCGCAUGGGCUCACAUGAUGGACUUCCAAGUCACCGUCGCUCCCCCAACCAAGCCUCGUGAGAACCCCUUCAACUCGAUCUUCCGUCAGAAGAAACAGGCUCUUCCAUCAUACUGCCAGUGCACCACACCAACCGUCAACUGCCCUCCAGGACCUCCAGGACCACCCGGACAGCCAGGACAGCCUGGACAACCCGGAAACCCAGGACCCCCAGGACCAGACAACACUGUCACAUACGCUCCCAUCAGAUGCCCCGGACAAAGUGGUGGUUGCAUCACCUGCCCACCAGGACCACCAGGACCACCUGGACCAGAUGGACAGCCCGGACAGCCAGGACCUGCUGGACAGCCAGGAAACCCCGGAGGCCCAGGAAACGACGGCCAGCCUGGACCAGUUGGACCACCCGGAGAUGCUGGAGCACCAGGAAACCCAGGACAAGAUGGACAGCCAGGAAACCCAGGACAAGACGGAACUAGCGGAUCAGGCACUCCCGGAGGCCCAGGACCUGCUGGACCUCAAGGACGUCCCGGUAACAAUGGAGGUCCAGGACAGCCCGGACAGCCUGGUAACCAGGGACCACCUGGACCACCCGGUCAACCUGGAGCACCAGGAAAUCCAGGUCCCGACGGACAGCCCGGACAGCCUGGUAACCCAGGAACACCUGGACAAGAUGCCGCUUAUUGUCCUUGCCCACCUCGCGCUGCUGCUCGCAAGGCCAAGUUGGCCAAGCACUAA